AAAACGCGCGGUAUCUCGUUUUCCGGUUUAUACAUUACGAACGCUUACUUAGUUUCCGCUCACUUUUAAUUUCGUUCUGCUAACUCACAAGUCGUUAUAAUCGCUACUAGUAAGAGUUAGCAAGUAGACGAGUUGUCAUUUUGACGCAUUUCAAUUUUUGACAAGAUGGAUGCAUUAAAAUCUCUCUCGAACUUUACAGAUAAAUUCUAUGAACAAAUAUUAGAUGAGUGCCAUGGUCAUUGGGAAAAUACGUUUCUCUCCCCGUUCAAUAUCUAUACUGCUCUUGGAAUCGUUCUUUCUGGCAGCGAAAACAAUACAAAAGCUGAAAUGAUAAACGCGAUGCAAUUAUCUGAAUGUUUAGAAUAUGACCAAGUUCAUUGUGGGAUAGGCCAACUUCUAAAAGAUUGUUCGAAACCUACUGAAGGUGUUGAGAUAAUUCUUGGUAAUAGACUUUUUGCUGCACAAAAUUUGACUAUCAAGGAUCAGUUCAAAAAUAAUCUGCUGACGUACUACGAUGCUCAAACAGAACAUGUGGCAUUUGAAACAGACGUAGAAGGUUCUCGACAGCAAAUAAAUCGUUGGGUUAGUGAACAAACGAAAAGAAAAAUUCAAGAACUCCUUUCACCUGAUUCCUUGACAAGAGACACGUCUGCUGUAGUGACAGCUAUUACAUAUUUCAAAGGUAUGUGGAAUUUAGCUUUCCCGGAUUACAACACACACACUAGCGAGUUUCACAAACUGGACGGAUCAACAAUGGAUGUGAAAUUAAUGUACAACGAAUCGUAUUACAGCCUGGUCAAUUUACCAGAUUUGAAGUCACGUGCUGUGAAGAUACCAUUUAAGGACCCGAAGUUUACUUUAUUGAUUAUUCUUCCCAAUUUAAAUAAUGGUUUACCAGAUUUAUUGAAAUCGAUUUAUAAACAUGGUGGUCUAGCUUCAAUACUAUCUAGUAGUUUUCAAAAUACCAAAUUACAAUUGUAUUUGCCUAAAUUUAAAUUAACUGAAGGUAAUGCUUUAAAAUUGAAGAGGCAUUUACAGAAAUUAGGAAUAAACGAUGCAUUCUGUCCAAAAUCAGCUGAUUUUUCAAAUAUUUCUAACUCUGAUAGACUGUGUAUAUCGGAUGUGUUACAUAAAGCUAUUUUAGAAGUAGAUGAAAAAGGUGCAGUAGCAGCUGCUGCUACAGCAACUUCAAUGGUAAAAUGCACAGCUAUUGGAUCUCAUAAACCUGUACCAAUAUUUCGUAUUGAUCAUUCAUUCUUUAUAUCAAUUGUAUGGAAUGAUAGCCUACCAAUAUUUCUUGGACAUGUCACAUCACCAUUAUUGAGUCAAUGAUAAGUAACAAAAUUGUGACUUGAAGAAUACACAAAAAAUAAAAAAUAUUUUCUUCAGAAAAUUUUUAAAUUUCAUUAUUCUCAUGUGAUAAACUAAUCGUUUUGUAUUUGUUUAAACAUUUUGAUAAACUAUUUUUACUAUUUUUUUUAAUUUUAAUUUCUUUGAUCAUGUAAUUUUAUAUAUAUAUAUAUAUAUAUUUUUUUUUCAUAUUUUAUGAAAUUUAUUAAUGAUUUUGUGACUUUAUAUGUUCACAUGACUACUGAUCAGUAAUUUAUUGCCUGUAAAAACAUUUUGUAAUUAUAAAUAAUAAGUAAUUUGCGUUUCUACAAAUUAUUAACUAACUUGAUACUGUAGAGUUGUUACAUAUAAAAAUGA